GCCAUCUUCAUUGGAUGCUAUUGUAUAUGGUUAUUUAGCCCUUCAUAUAUACCCGGAGCUUCCCAAUUCGGAGUUGUCUACUAUUCUUAACACUGAAUGCCCACGACUCGCCCGAUUCUGUGAACGAAUGAAAGAUCAACUUUCCUCACGGCCGAUUAGUCAAUUAAAGGAUAUCAAUCUCCCCUCUUUUUUUUCGGAUCUUUUCAGUUCCCCUAGCACAUGGUUUAGUCAUAACAUUUGGAGAACUAAAAUUAAGGAAACAAAAAAAGAAAAAUCUGAAGCUCAAACCACUUUUGAACGAAAGAGGAAUUUAUCAAUUGUUGGGGCAGUUUGUUUCGUGGUCGGAUAUGUAGCUUGGAAUGGAAUUGUCAGCAUCGAAUUUGGUAAUAAGGAAAAUGAGGAAUAUAUUGAUUCUGAAGAACAAGAGAUUGAAGAUGAAGCAGACUACGACGAAGAUAACGAAACUUAA